AUGCGGAAAUCAAAGUCGAAAUCCCAACACCCUCUAUCCCUCUCCACAAGAAGGACUCCCCUCCCCUCCACCUUCAGCGACAACCUCCCUCUCCCAUCCCUAAUUGUCUUCGACCUAGACUACACGCUAUGGCCCUUCUGGGUGGACACGCACGUCACUGCGCCCGUGAAACCCGCCGCCCCCGCAGGGUCAGGCCAGUAUAACAGCCACAUGGUUGACCGGUACGGCGAGUCGUACGGGUUCUACGACGACGUGCCCGGGAUUCUGGCCUCCGCUAAAGAGCGCGGCGUUGCCAUGUCUCUGGCCAGCAGAACGCAUGCGCCCGAUCUUGCGCGCGACAUGUUGCGCGGGCUGCAUGUGCCAAAUAACGCAGAAGGAGGAGAUGUUGAGAAGACCACCACCACUACUUCUUCUUCGGCGAAAGGAGACACCACAGCCACGAAGACGGAUGGACAACCCUCUUUCCGCCGCGCCAUCGAUUUCUUCGUCCACCCGCAGAUCUACCCGGGUACCAAGACGACGCAUUUCCGCCGGAUCCAUACUGCCAUGCAGAAGGCCGACACGCCCGUCGCGUUCGAGGACAUGCUGUUCUUCGAUGACGAGGGGCGGAAUCGGAACGUCGAGACAGAGCUGGGCGUGACGUUCUGGUUGGUCCGUGAUGGCGUCUCGAGCGAAGAAGUUGACAAGGGCGUCUGGGAGUGGCGGAAGCGGAAGGGGAUCUCUAAACAGGAUUUAAGAAGUGCCUCUGACGGAGACGAUGUUGCCGAAUUGGAGGGUUGA